GGUAGGGAAGGGGGAUAGGAGUGGGGUGGAGGGAGUCGAGGAAUCGAUUAUUUCUACGAUUCCCGCCCCUAGGAAUAAGUUAUCAUUAAAUCGAUUCACCCCCUACCACCCCACCACUUGCACACCGAGCAUAGAAUCGCUACCUCGACGAUUCCACCCCCCUUAAAUCGAUUCACUAUUCCGGGAUUCACACUCCCACCAGCCAACAAUCGAUUCACUAUGUCGACGAGUCCACCCCCUAGGAAUCGAUCCACAAUCACGACGGCUCCGCCCCCUAUUAAGCGAUUUAAUUUCCUCGGCGAUUCCUCCUCCUUAGAAUCUAUUCAUGAUAUCGACGAUUUACUCUCCCGCCCGCUGUAUCGUUUACGAAGAAUCGAUUCUUCAUCACGCUGUCCCCAAUCCUCCAAACACGCACGAAUCGAUUCCCGUGAGGAUUUUUUUUGUGCGAUUCUAGCUAUGAAGUGCAGGCAGAAUCGAUUCAGAAUCAAUAUUCCAGGAAUCUGAAACUUACGGGAAUCGGAAUCAGAAAUCUUUGUAUUUUGAAUGACUGCAGGAGCAAUCCGAUGAGCUGGAAAGCUCUUUGCCGUCUACUCUAAACCACUUUUUAUUAUUUCGCCAGGUCCAAGGGCCUCCCCCCUCCCCCCCCACGGCGAGCUGCUGCGUAGUAGCUCUUUGUUUCGGACAAAGCCACCUGGGCCAUCGCCACAAUGGUGGCAAGGUUUAAUUUAAUUCCAUUUGGUUUAGCCCUGUGAGCCAUUCGGCCCUUCGACCGGGUGCAACAGGCAACUGAAACGAAAAAAAAACACCAACGAGAGAGAGAAAAAAAAACAUCUUAAAGUGGCUUUGUCAACGAGGGAGGCUGCUGAUGCCAUCAUCACCGUCACCCGCGCGGGGCAUUUGAACCUCAUGGCUGGGACACCCCGUAAUUAAUUAACCCAUUUAUUUAUUUAUUUUUGUGGGGGGGGGGGGGGGCCACUACCGUCACACCCCCCACCGCGGUGCACCCGGACGAGGACCAUUCUGCCGCCAUGUCCAAGCGCAGCGAGAACAAACGGGCGGCGGAGCUGAACAAGCGAAUGCAUUCCUUGCUCGGGUAUGGGCAGGCCCAUUGGCGCUCGCUGCCGGCGUCCACCUUCGGCGAGUCGCUGGCCGCUCUCGAGGACUUCAGGAGGGCGUUCGGCGGCAAUGCCGUCGCGAGCCGGUGGAUGGAGCGCAUCAUCGAGUUUGUCAGCCUUUCCAGCGGCACGUUCCCGGCGGCAGCGGCGUCUUGCCCGACAUCAUCGUCAUCGUCAUCGUCGUCAUCGUCAUCAUCGUCAUCAUCGUCGUCAUCGGUGACGGCAUCGACGCCGGUGGCUACGCCGUCUGCCGUGACGUCGCUCCCGCCCUCGCAGCUGCCGACCCUCCCCGGCAGCGGCGGUUCGCGGCCCAGCGUCCCCGCGCCCCGUCAGGCUCGCGGACGUCGCGACCGCAAGGAGGCCGCGAUGGCCCGAGCCGUCAGCAUUCUCGGCGACGACGCCGUCCGCAGCAUUCGCGACGAGUGGCGCUCGACGGAGGCGGCCCGGGGCGGAUCCGAGUGGCGGCAGUCGGAGAGGAUCGUCCUGCAGAUGCUUCAGCGGGGCCUGUCGGAGAGGGUGAUCCGCGCGGUCAUCCCGGUCGGCGGCUCCCGCGUCCACCGCCUGCGGAAGGCCCUCGAGAGCGGCGUGGAAACGUCGCGCGCGAGGCGCCCGCCAAGGGUCCCGCAUCACGCGCUCGCCGCCGACGACCUCGAGGCCAUCAGGGAGAGCGCCUGCGCGUGGGAGGUCGAGGACGACUUUCCCUGCUCCCACCGUCGGCCUCGGCAGUACUCGGUUGAGCCCAACGUCACCUGGACCGAGCUCUAUCGCCGGUACAAGGCCAAUUUGGAUGCCGUCGAGGGCAGCCGGGUCGUGUCGUAUUCGCGCUGGAUCCAGUACGUCCACGUGUUCUACCCCGGGCUCCGCUUGGCACGCACCGCGGACGACGCCUGCGACUGCUGCGCCCGCCUCGACGCCCGGCUCGCGCGCGGGGAUCUCCCGGCGGACGAGCGCGAGCGCCUGCUGCAGGAGAAGAAUUUGCCUCUCGCCGCGGCGGUCGCCCAGCGCCGGACGGUGUCCGCUUUCGUGAGGGAGUACGUCGAGCGGCACGCUCCCGGCCAGGACGUCCCGGCCGCCGUCGUUCCGGACCACUGCGACGACGGCGAGCCCGGCGCCGCCGACUCUGCCCGCGGACCGAGCCGCCCGCCGACCGUUCGGGUUCAGGUUGAGGGCUUUGGCGGGAGCUUCGCCAUGCCGCACUGCGGCCACGUGCGGCCGUCCGCCGAUCGCUUCGACUCGAGCCUGGCGCUGCGGAAUUUCGUGCUGGCGGACGUCACGAGCGGCGUCAACAGCGUGAUCUUCUACGACGAGCGUGGCCAAGGGAAGGACGCGGACGCGCUGUGCAGCCUCCGCUUCGUGCACCACAUGCGGCUGCUCGGCAGGCGCCCGGGCGCGAUGCCCACGACGCUGGUGGCCAUUCUGGACAACCGCGUUGGCCAGGACAAGUCUCAAGUGGCGUUCAUGUUCUUUGCGCUGCUGUCGGUCUUGUUCUACCGCAAAGUCGUUCUGUUGUACCUCCCGCCGGGCCACUCGCACAACCAGGCCGAUAGGGUCGUCGCGUGGUGUCGCAAUGCGAUGAGGGGCAAGAACUUCUACACGCCGUGGGAAGUCGUCGACGCCGUCAACCUGAUCAGCGGCGUCGAGGCGACGUUCUUCGACCAUCGCGAUGCCCAGCGCCCUUUCUACACGGGCUGGGAGAGUCUCCUGAAGAGGCACUUCAGGCCGAUGCCGCCCCGAUACGCGUCCAACUACUUCUUCGAGGUCGAUGAAGGAGCGCUUCGCAUGAGGCACCUGAGCUCGACUCCGGACGACGAGGUCACCUGCGUCCCGCUGGUCGCGCCGGGGAACGUCGACCUGCUUCGGCGAUCCGUUCUGCGGGAUAUUUUUGGCGCCGACGUCGACACGAUCGAGCAGGGGACGCUCGAGUCGGUCCGACUGCCGACUGCCCCCGUCGGCGGCCUGUCGGCCGAGCGGCUGGCCUCGCUGUCCAAGAAGUACUUCUCGAUUCCGCCCGAGCACUUGCCGUACUACCCGGCCGCCCCGGGCGAUGCCGGCCCGCAGAUCGACGGCCGUCCGGUGCCCGAAGGAGGCCCCGGUCGCGCGACGAAGCGAAAGCUCGCCGCCGUUGACGCGACGGUGGGGCCGGCCGCUGAGAUCGGUCCGGCAGCCAAGGCGAAAUGAGAGCAGCUCCACCAAGUCGCUGAUAGCAUCGUCAUCGUCAUCGUCAUCAUCGUCAUCAUCAUCAUCGUCGUCAUCAUCGUCAUCGUCGUCGUCAUCAUCAUCGUCAUCAUCGUCAUCGUCGUCGUCGCCACCACCGUGGGAAUGUAGAGCUGCCAAAAUAAUCUAAACCUAGCCUGUUAACAGGCUGUCAGGGCAAGUGAUAAUUUAUACUGCGGCAGGAGUAGGAAAUCGGAAACGCUGUAAAGCUCUUUGUUUAGAGAUGUUCCAGUAGGAGGCACACGGGGUCGGAACGUUGCAACAACAAUAUCAAGACACAAAACAACACCGAAAGGAGUACAAAGCCAUAGGAAGGGUAAACACAUCACUUUAAAUUUAUUUACACAAUUAAAACGACAACUACUUGUAAAUUUUGGUUUAAAGCUUUCGUGACUGCAGGGAUUCAUAUUCUUGGUUCUGUCGGUAAAGUCACGUAGAAGGGAAACAAUAAAAUAAUAAAAAUAUAAAUCAAUAAAAUUCUCACGACGUUU